AUGACCGGCGAAGCCUACGGAACAGUUCAGGCUAAGAUAUGGUUCUUACACCUCACAUGGCUCGACCGCUUCGCCCAUAACCUUGCUUCCAUAGCUUACGUUGGCUUUGGCACGGUGAUGAGGCUCACGCUCGCUCAAGUAGCAGCACUAGCCGAGGGUCUGGAGUCGAGUGGGGUCCCCUUCAUAUGGUCCUUGAAAGCGAGGGAAGGUUUGCCAGCUGGAUUCCUGGAGCAGAUAGCUGGGAGGGGUCUCAUUGUCCCGUGGGCCCCGCAAUUAAUGGUGCUGGGCCACGUGGCUGUGGGGGUGCACGUGACACACGGUGGGUAG